AGAAGUAUGAAUCACAUGAAUUAUAGAUAAUGGUGUAAUUAUGUGAAAACUGCAGUAUUUGUAAACAGAGCUUCUCUACAGGGCGUGUUCCUCUUCAGUGCGGUGCAAAUGGUUCCUCUUACAAUGAACAACUAUGUGUUCCCUAAAUGGGGGCAAGGAGUGGGCUGGCUCAUGGCUCUGUCCUCUAUGGUUCUCAUACCUGGUUAUAUGGGCUACAUGUUCCUCACCCUGAAGGGAACAUAUAAAGAGCGGAUCAGGAUAAUGCUGCAUCCUCCAGCAGUCACGCGUGCUCAGCAGAACGGGCCAGACCAACAGCAGCUGCAGAUGGAGCAAUCACCGCAACAAGAGCAGCAACCGGACCAAGCACCACAGCAACCACAAUCACCACAAGCACCGCAGCAACUGCAACAACCGCCGCAGACGCAGACGCAGACGCAGACGCAGAUGCAGCCGCAGGCUGAUAGUUCCUCUUCGACUAACCCUGGCAAUGAUGCCAAUGUUUAAAACCAGUAGAAGUGAACCACAGCAGAGAGCAAUCAAAGAUUAACAACACAGAAGACUUCCAUGUUUAUACAGUAAUAGAAUCAUCUACCUCCAGGGGUCAUACAUAAUCAAGCUAAAACAUGAAAAAAGCAAAAGUAAAAAAAAUAAAUAUAUAAAAAAAAAAAACCACAAACACAAAAACACUUGCAUUUGAAAAACCUACACAAAUGAAUUCUGUACGUUUUUCAAAUGUGAAGCAAAGCGUGUCAGUGUUAAAUGACUUGUACUAUGUAUUAUGUGAAUUUGUCUCUACUAAGGUUAUACUGUGAGUUAGAUUUAAGGACAGUGCAUUGUUUUGCAAUGCAUAAGCUAUUUAUGUGAGGUAUGUACUGUUUCUAUGUUGCAAUGGGGACAAAGUGGGAGUGUCAAUGAGAAACUGGGAGAGAUUAUGUUACAUUCUGGGUUAUUUUUGGAUAACCAAGGUGUAUCAAGCAAGCCCUGUGUCUAAAGCACAAAUAAUUUCUAAUAGGCAGAGAGCCCUUGGGUGACCCGUCACGUGUUGUUGGAGAUUUUUGUUGAGAAAGACUGUUACUAUUUUUUUUUUUUUUUCUGAGAUAAAAAAGUAAGAAAUACUUGUAUGUGAUUAAAACAUUUUUAGAAUUAUUUUUAGAAUGCUUUGUACUUUAAUGUUGAGACCAAGGACCAAAAUAAUAGACUUAAGCAAAAACAAAUCUAUGCCUGCCAAUGUGUAGUUUGUAAAGCACAGGGAACAAAAAAACAACAAAAAAAAAAA